AUGAAAUUCCUCGUUGUUUUGUGCGCUGUCUUCGCAGUAGCAAUGUGCAAACCAGGUCAAAGCCAUGGAGGACAUGGCGGAGGCGGCGGCGGAGGUCAAACCUUCCAAGUUUCUGUUCAAGGCGGAGGCGGCGGCGGAGGUCAUGCUGCUCCAGCUGCUCCUGCUCCUCCUCCACAAGUAAUUCGUGUCAUUCAAGAACAAGCUCCUGCUCCUGCCCCAGCUCCAUCCCAUGGAGGUUCAGGCGGAGGUCAAGUUUUCCAAGUUAAGGUUCAAGGCGGCGGAAGCGGAGGACAUGCUGCUCCAGCUGCUCCUGCUCCUCCCCCACAAGUUAUCAAAGUUAUCCAAGAACAAGCUCCCGCUCCAGCUCCAUCUCACGGAGGUUCAGGCGGUGCCGGAGGACAAGUUUUCCAAGUUGCUGUUCAAGGAGCUGCUGCUGCUGCUGGAGCUGGCGCUGGCGGAUGGUAA